CUCCUUUUACGCGCAAAACUAUGCCGCGUCGACUUUAUAAACUAUUAAGGGAGCAAACUACUUAAUUUGGGCAGAAUGUCGACAACUUCCCGAAGCCGGUAUACUAUCAAACCUGGCGACAUCGUGGAAGUGCUAAGCCAUCGAAAACGAAACGGGAACGAAGAAUAUCUCGUCCGAUGGCGUACCAAGCCCGUCCUUCCUUGCCCGCCACGCGCGAUUGCCUCCUGGCAUCCUUUACCAGAUUUGAGGAAGUCACUCCACACCGUGCAGUCUUACAUUGAAAAGAACGGCCAUUCCGGACGCGGGACAUCUUCGAUUUACGACAACUCGCGGAAAAGAAAGUCCCCUGAAGACGAUGGACCUCUGUCACGUGGGCUCCUUGGCACAAACGGCCUCCUAACGCCGCAGGACUCUAUGCGAUCGCGCUCACAUUCGCCUUCCGCAAUCGACCUGGCCAAAGCAGCGCCACAGCACGUUGAUGGCCCACAGAUCUACAAUGGCGUCCUUCAAUUCAAAGAGGGGAACAUCGUCGCGAAGGCAGACCUCACUGCCGAUGUAAUAAAUACGAGGAACCUGCCUACCCCGAACAUGACAAAAGAGAGUGCAGUCACGCCUGUCGACCAAGCAGAACGGGCAAUCCGGCUUGCUUUCGAAGAAAAGCUACAAAAAGUGAAGCGAGUGCGCCUAGAGAAUCACUUCGAUUCAACGACUCCCAGUUUGAACUUUAACUUCAUUAAGGACUACGUUCUUGGCGAAGGAGUAUCAGGGGACGAACCCACCACAUUCCAAGGCUGCCAAGAAUGCAAACCAGACAUGGGCGGCGGAGUUGGCUGCGAAUACACUGCAAUUUGCGAAUGCCUCGAAUUUGCUAGCGUUGACGAGCAGGCACUUAAGCGAAAGGAUCCUGCGAAGUACGAUGUGUAUUUGGUCGCGAAAACGGUUGCAGAGGAGGCUGGAGAGGGUAUUGAUACCAGAGGCCUCCCCAAACGGUUUCCGUACUCCAAACCGAAGGCUAACGGCGCUCCGCAAACUUUGGUAUCCUUCUAUAGGGAGGAAAAUUUCCCAAUUUAUGAAUGCAACCCCAAUUGCAAAUGUGGUAGUGUUUGCAAGUCUCGACUGGUGCAGAAAGGAAGAAAGGUUCCCUUGGUCAUCUUCAAGACCGGCAAGGACCGCGGCUGGGGAAUAUACUGUGAAGAAGACUUGAUCCAGGGGGAGUUCGUGGACGUCUACCUUGGAGAAGUUAUUACCAACGACGAGGCCAACAGAAGAGAGCACCAUGCCACUUGGGAUAGUGAAGGAAGCGUCUACAAGGACAGUUACUUGUACUGGCUUGACAAAUUCAAGGGCGAUCGGGAUCCAACGACCGACACAAUUCUACAGGAAGAAGACCUGUAUGUUGUUGAUGGAGAGCACAUGGGCAAUAUCACACGCUUCAUGAAUCACAGCUGCGAACCCAACAUCCGCCAAUAUACUGUGUCGUACAACAAGCACGACUUGAAGCUCUACAGCUUGGCCUUCUUCGCAUACGAAGAUAUCCCUGCAGGAACGGAGCUUAACUUCGACUAUGGAAACAAGGAUGAGGUUGAACUCGAAGAGGCCAUAGCCUUGAGAGAAGCAGCAUUGAGAGAUCCGCGCAAUGCCAACAAACCGCGGUGUCUCUGCGGGCAGCCGAAGUGCAGAGGCUUCUUGUGGGACUAG